CCAAAUGGAAGUGGGCUAAAGCGCGGGGCGCAGUUGAAUAAGUUAGCUCAAAGGUUAUAUGUAGUGUGUCGGUUAGACUGGUUGGUCCUCUUCGCAAGAGUGACGGCUAAACGCAUUAGCUAGGCUAAUAAGCUGUUUUCCCGUCGACCGCAGUGCACUUUCCUCCAGUGAGGCGCUUGUUUUGCGGGUUUACAGCUCAAACCAACACGGUUACGCGCAGAACAAGAGUGGAAAUAAUUGCGAAAACUGCACUGUAACUGGAGAUGCGCUGUCACUACGGUUCAUGAUGAAGCAGCGGUGGGUGUCCCAGUCCGCCCGUUUCUGUGGAGCUCACAAACACUUCCAAGAAUUGUAUUUUAUGAAAUGCAGCCCUCGGGAAAAUAAGGAGAGUGAAGGUUUUAGCCGCUGUUAAAGAAGCCCAGCCCGGCUUUGCUGUGUGUUCUCGGCGAUAAUGUCUCACUCAUGGGCGAGCAGAGGCUUUAAAAUGAUGGCGAACCCCAACUACUCCACCGGGAGCUUUGAUGGCCUUCAUCGCCCGAGUGACGAUGAUGACGAUGAUUUGGUGGACAUCGCAGGAGCCACAUUGGACUUUUCCAGCACGGACGACGUCCCCCCUCUCAGCUCAGGAUACUAUGAGGAGUACAGCAGCAGAGCCGGCGGUAUGAACGGCAAUGGCCCCAGCAAACUUGUGGACCCACUGGAGGACCCGGUGCCUGGAUUGGGCACCUACGAAGACUUCAACACCAUCGACUGGGUCAGGGAGAAGAGCAAGGACCGGGACAGACACAGAGAGAUCACCAAGAACAGCAGACAGUCGACCGUAGCCCUGCUGCACAGCGUCAGCGACGCCUUCUCAGGAUGGCUGCUCAUGCUGCUCGUGGGACUCAUGGCAGGCGCUCUAGCCGGCGGCAUCGACAUCGCAGCUCACUGGCUGACAGACAUGAAGGACGGCGUUUGUCUCAAUGGCUUCUGGUUCAAUCACGAGCACUGCUGCUGGACGUCCAACGAGACGACGUUUCAGGAGAGGGACCACUGUCCGCAGUGGCAGAGCUGGGGCGAGCUCAUAACGGGGAAGUCAGAGGGUGCAUUUGCCUACGUAAUGAAUUACCUGAUGUACAUGUUCUGGGCUUUACUCUUCUCCUUCCUGGCCGUCACGCUGGUCAGGGCCUUCGCUCCGUAUGCGUGUGGCUCAGGAAUACCUGAGAUUAAAACCAUCCUCAGCGGCUUCAUCAUCCGCGGCUACUUGGGGAAGUGGACCCUGAUCGUCAAGACCAUCACCCUGGUUUUAGCCGUCUCCUCAGGGCUCAGCUUAGGAAAGGAGGGCCCUCUGGUCCACGUGGCCUGCUGCUGUGCUAAUAUAUUGUGUCAUCUGUUCACCAAGUACCGCAAGAACGAGGCCAAACGGCGAGAGGUGUUAUCGGCAGCGGCGGCGGUCGGUGUCUCCGUGGCCUUCGGCGCUCCCAUUGGAGGAGUUUUGUUCAGCCUGGAGGAGGUGAGUUAUUACUUCCCUCUGAAGACCCUGUGGCGGUCGUUCUUCGCCGCCCUGGUCGCUGCCUUCACCCUGCGCUCCAUCAACCCGUUUGGGAACAGCCGCCUGGUGCUGUUCUACGUGGAGUUUCAUGCCCCUUGGCACCUGGUGGAGCUGGCCCCCUUCAUCCUGCUGGGUAUAUUUGGAGGCCUCUGGGGGGCGCUGUUCAUCAAGGCCAACAUCGCCUGGUGCAGGAUACGUAAAACCACUCUUCUGGGUCACUACCCCGUCAUCGAGGUGCUGGCGGUGACGGCUUUGACCGCGCUGCUCGCCUACCCCAACAGCUACACCAGGAUGAGCGGCGCCGAGCUCAUCUCCGAGCUGUUCAACGACUGCUCCCUGCUCGACUCGUCUCAGCUCUGUGGCUACAUGCAGCCAGCCAACACAUCAGAAACAGGUGUGGGUAACAGCCUGGCGGACCGGCCUGCCGGAGAGGGCCUGUACACCGCUCUGUGGCAGCUGGCCUUGGCCUUAAUCUUCAAAAUGUUGAUCACUGUCAUAACCUUUGGCAUGAAGGUUCCCUCUGGGCUCUUCAUCCCCAGUAUGGCAGUCGGGGCCAUAGCUGGCCGGCUGCUGGGUGUCGGCAUGGAGCAGCUGGCCUACUACAACCACGACUGGUUCAUCUUCAAAGGGUGGUGCUCCCCCGGAGCAGAUUGCAUCACCCCCGGGCUCUACGCUAUGGUGGGAGCCGCCGCAUGUUUAGGUGGGGUGACCCGUAUGACGGUGUCGCUGGUAGUCAUCAUGUUUGAGCUGACCGGCGGUCUGGAGUACAUCGUCCCCCUCAUGGCUGCAACCAUGACCAGCAAAUGGGUGGCAGAUGCUUUCGGAAGAGAGGGAAUCUAUGAGGCUCACAUCAGACUGAAUGGAUACCCGUUCCUGGAGCCUAAGGAGGAGUUUGAGCACAGCAGCCUGGCCGUGGACGUGAUGAGGCCCAGGAGGUCGGACCCCACGCUGGCUGUGCUCACGCAGGAGGGCAUGACCGUAGGGGAGGUGGAGGCCUUGGUGGAAAGCACUCACUACAGCGGCUUCCCUGUGGUCGUCUCCCAGGAGUCCCAGAGGCUUGUGGGAUUUGUGCUCAGAAGAGACCUGCUCAUAUCAAUAGACAACGCCAGGAAGCGUCAGGAGGGCGUCGUCAGCGCUUCUCAGGUGGUGUUCACUGAGCAUGCUCCACCUCAGCCUCCCGACGCCCCGUCACCCCUCCGCCUCAGAGGCAUCAUGGACCUGAGCCCCUUCACGGUCACCGACCACACCCCUAUGGACAUCACUGUGGACAUAUUCAGGAAGCUGGGGCUACGCCAGUGUCUGGUUACACAUAACGGGAGGCUGCUGGGAAUCAUCACCAAAAAAGACAUACUGAAACACAUGGCGCAGAUAGCCAACAGAGACCCUGACUCCAUCCUCUUCAACUGAACGCCUCCGUCCUUCCCCAUCCUUCCUUCGCUCCUCUGUAGACGAGGGGACAGGAAAAGACACCAGCUCGCACAGUCGAACGACAUGCGCCUUUACCUCUUUUACUUUAAAAGACUCCAACGUGAAAGCCAAGUAUGUUGAGCUCCAGUUGCACAGGUGACAAGAGAACAAUGGGGAGGCUCUCAGUAACAGUGACUCAUCUUGACUGACACAGCAACUUCAUGCUUUAGAAGCGAGGCUCAGAUGGACGUAGAGAUGAGAAUUAAGUCAAAGGACUAUUUCACAACGGCCUCUAUUGGCUUUUUUCCAUUCUCCUUUGGCUUCUCCGUUACACCUAAGAGAAAAACAUUUUAGGAGGAGGUGGGAAGCGGUAAUCCUCUGUUAUGGAUACUGACAGGAGGACGGGAGGAGAAAUAAUGACAUCAGGGAAGAUGAAGGGGAGGUUUGGGGAGCUCCGUGCCUGCCCUCCAGCCCCUCAUGGCGAGCCCAGACUGAGCAGAGCACUGUGAGACGAGCUGAUGGAUGCCCAGCCAAACCCCCACCCUCCUCCACUUCCAUCCCUCCUUCUGUGAGGUUUCCUGUAGCCCCUGGGGUGAAGCAUACAGGAGUGUGAGAAGAGGAUCUAAUACACACACUUACACUCCAUAAAGACUUCAUGACAGCCUGGGAACUCUGCAGAAAUGUGUUUUUUGUCACAUAGACUCUUGAGAUUUGUAAUACGGCGGGAGACUCCAGCCUGGGAACUAUGCAGUGUUGUCUUGCCAUAUGGGCCCUCCUGUUGGCGACAUGAACAGUUAUAUUCUCAUACAGAAAUCAUACACACAUAACGACAGUGCUGAAUAAACCCUGUCACGCCUUAUCGAAGGCUGCUGCCGAAGGGCUACCAAUGACGAGAAGAAAGAAUCAUAACACGCAAAUUAAUUUAUGUAAAUGUAAAAAUCGUUUGUCUCACUAAAUUAUUUCACUGACUUAAA